AUGGACGAAUCCCUGGCCGACUACCAGCACCUCUUCAAGUUCAUCAUCAUCGGUGAUGAGGCAGUUGGCAAGACGUGCUUGCUCCUGCAGUUCACCGACAAGAGGCGUGUCGGCUUCGUGUUUCUGAGCAGUGCGGAUUUAGCAGAGGAUUUGGGUCACACUCUGGUUGCGUGGCAAUCUGUGGCUCGCGCCCUGGGCUCUUUCGGCUCGGAGCUGUCUGCGGCAGCCGCGGCUGCGCAGAGGAGCAUGCCAGUGGCCCAGGCGAAUGCGCCACAGGCGUCCUUCAAGAGGAUCGAUGACCUCGGCGGCGGUCUUUACCUCUGCGGUGCCGCUGCCCUGGAGAACAGGGCGGAGUUGGAGAGGUUGGGCAUCCGAUCCAUCUUGAACUGUGCCACCAACGACCUCUACAACCGAUCCUACACGGGGGGCGAGCCUCUGCGAGAGAAGUUGCAGGGCUACAAGGUGCAAGUGUUCGAGGCCGACGACGUGGAGGAGGGGUGCCGGAAUGUACCGGAGGAGCAGCAGAUGACCAACCUGUGGGAAGAGGGCUCCAAGUUCAUCGAUGCUUCCCUGCAGAACGGCGAGUGCGUGGCCAUUCACUGCGCACAGGGCGUGAGCCGUUCCAGUAGCACUUGCAUCGCGUACCUGAUGAUGAAGGAGCGGAUGUCCUUGGAGUCCGCCUUCCGGCGAGUCUUCCAAGCCCGGGAGUACAUCCGCCCCAACCCGGGCUUCUGGCAGCAGUUGCGGGAUCUCGAGGUGAAGCUGGGUGGUGCCCAUGUGCCGCCCAGCAACGACGCAGCGGGCCUGGCCAUGGCGCGUUUGGAUGAGGAGCUCGCCUCAAAAAAGUCGGCUGCGGCGGCCGGGUGGCUCUAG